AUCGAUAAGGAGCUGGUGCUGCUGAGCGUGCUGAAGGAGCCGGUCAGUCGCUCCAUCUUCGACUACGCCCUGCGAUCCAAAGACAUCGCCAGCCUCUUCCGCCACCUGCUGCUGAGACAGAAGAAACGAGCCGGAUCCAUCCCAGAAUGCCCGGCGGCAGAGGACCCCGCCAUCGCUCAGAUGCUGAAGAAGCUGCUCUCACAGGGGAUGACGGAGCCGGAGGAAGACAAGCUGCUGGCGCUCAAAGACUUCAUGUUGAAGUCCAACAAGGCCAAAGCCAACAUGGGGGACCCCGGCCCGGCGGGGGAGGGGCUCAGCGGGGUCAUCGACCUGCUGACCCUGGGGAUCACCGGCCGGCAGGUGGACCUGGUGAAGCCCAGAGCCGAGCCCGACGACAAGAGAGCGAGGAAGCACACCAAGCAGGACUCCACCAUGAACGAGGAGUGGAAGAGCAUGUUCGGGUCGCAGGAGCCCGCCUCCACCCAGCCGCCCACGGCAGAGGGUCAGGUGAAGAAGAGCUCGGCUCCGCCCCCCGCUCUGGCGGCGGUUCAGAGUGGGCCGGCCUAUCAGAGACGGCUGAACACCUGCAGGGUGGAGCUUCAGCAGCUGGUUCAGCAGAGGAGAGAGCAGAGCAGCGCUGAGAGGAAGCACAAGCACAUGAUGGAGAGCGCAGAGUGGGAGAGCAGACCCCCCCCUCCAGGGUGGCACCCUAAGGGGCUGCUGGUGGCUCACCUUCACGAACACAAAGCGGCCGUGAACAGGAUCAGAGUUUCCGACGAACACUCGAUCUUCGCCACGGCCUCCAACGACGGCACCGUCAAAGUGUGGGACAGCCAGAAGAUGGAGGGCAAGACCACCACCACCAGGUCGGUGCUGACGUACUCUCGUAUCGGCGGUCACGUGAAGACGUUGACUUUCUGCCAGGGCUCUCAUUACCUGGCCGUGGCCUCAGAUAACGGAUCCAUCCAGCUGCUGGCAGUCGAGGCCAACAAACCCCCCAAAUCCCCCAAAGUGCAGCCCUUCCAGACCAGGGCUCUGGACCUGCAGGAGGACGGCUGUGCGGUGGACAUCCAUCACUUUAACUCCGGCGCUCAGUCGGUGUUAGCCUACGCGACGGUUAACGGCUCCCUGGUGGGCUGGGACCUCCGCUCCAACUCCAACGCCUGGACGCUGCGCCACGACCUCCGCCUCGGACUCAUCACCUCCUUCACCGUCGACAUGCACCAAUGCUGGCUCUGCCUCGGUACGAGCAGCGGCACCAUGGCAUGCUGGGAUAUGCGGUUCCAGCUGCCCAUCUCUAACCACACCCACCCCGCCCGAGCACGAAUCAGACGGCUGCUGAUGCAUCCUCUCUACCAGUCCUGGGUCAUCGCAGCUGUGCAGGGGAACAAUGAAGUGUCGAUGUGGGACAUGGAGACGGGGGAUCGUAAGUUCACCCUGUGGGCGAGCUCUGCUCCUCCACUGUCUGAGAUGCAGCCCUCUCCUCACAGUGUGCAUGGGAUCUACUGCAGCCCUGCUGAUGGAAACCCUCUGCUGCUGACGGCUGGAUCUGACAUGAGGAUCAGGUUCUGGGACCUGGUGUACCCUGAGAGGUCGUACAUCGUGGCGGGGGGGGCUAACGACUCCCUGCACUGUCCCUCUGUGAUGUACAGCAGGAAGAUCAUCGAGGGCACCGAAGUGGUUCAGGAGAUCCACAGUAAGCAGAAGAGCGGCGUGUUGGAGGACACCCCCCGCCGCGGACCAGACUCACUUCCUGUUGGUCACCAUGACAUUGUGACGGACAUCGCCACCUUCCAGACCACGCAGGGCUUCAUCGUCACCGCCUCCAGGGACGGCAUCGUCAAAGUGUGGAAGUGACACUCACACACACACACACACACACACACACACACACACACACACACACACACACACACACACACACACACACACACACACACACACACACACCGGAUACGUGUCAGUGGACGCCAACAUUAGCUUGUUAUGAUCUGAAUGAAUUUCCUCCCGUUGCAGCGUCUCUCCUCUCAUUGGCUGCUGCUGAUGCUGUUUAUAACUUCCUGUGUUAUCACCCAAUCACGUCUCUGCCUCGCUUUAUGCAUUAGUGCUCUAUAAAUGCUUAAUCUGACACUCUUUAAAUGACACACAAAGGAUCACAAUCAGGAAGCUUUAGUCAAUUAAGAACAUUAUUUAGAGACAAGGACAUCAAAUGAAAGGAGGUGUCACUGAUAGGCUGCAGAUAAAGAUUAGAUUGUAUAGUUAGUAUUAUUGUUUACCUACUUGUUGUCCUUCAUAAACAACACAAUCCCUUCAGCCAGGCACCAUAAACACAUUUCUUUAGAUCCAUAUUGGAUAUUCAAAAGCAAAUCCUUGGUGUCAGCACGAUAGUGAUAUUCAUCGAGCACAAAUGAUGUAAUUUGAGCGGAAACAUGACAUAGUUUUGGGCUAAAGACGUGUGACCCGAACAGAUCCACAGUGCGACACUUUGUCUCUCGUUAACAACAAAUCCACUUUAAAGCGUUCAGACGUGACCCCUUUAAUAACCCCUCGUUGUGUACAUAUACGUUAUUUUAAAUCUUGAGUAAUAUAAAGUUUGAUUUGUACAAAUAUCCCAUGAUGCAUUGUGUUGCUGCAUCUCAAUGUGUGUCCAUCUGUUGAAUAAAACAUCUGAUAUCAUU